GGAAAAAUUAGUGUUGGUGACAUCCGAAAGGAGGAGAACGAGGGCUCCUAUGAGCCUUGCUGUUCAACUGCGAAACGGGGGAAAAUCAGGAAUAGCUUUGUUCUUAAGAAGGAAGAAUGUGAAAUGAUGUGGAAGGARUCGUGACAGCAGCAGAAGAGAGGGAAAAAUAAAUAUUGCGCGUCUGGCUGCUCCGGGUGCUGGGCUACAAUGAGCGCGGGCCAGCGCGCGGAGGAGGAGGAGGAUGAGCAGCUGUCGGACUUCACGGAGAGCUUCAACCAGCUGGAGCUGCUGGAAACGCACCGGCACCUGAUUCCCGUGGGCACUCAGAGCGGCUGGUCGGGACAGUCGGAAGAUGAGGAAGACGAACAAGAAAAGAGUGAGGAAUGGUAUGAAAUGCAAGAAAAGAAGAUGGAGAAAGAUCCGGAGAAACUGCUGUUGUGGGCCGCUGAAAACAACCGGCUGAGCACCGUGCGAAGGCUUCUCUCCCAAAAGCUGGCCCCGGUUAACACUCGUGACGAAGACCAGUACACUCCUCUGCAUCGAGCUGCCUACGGCGGCCACUUGGACGUUGCCCACGAGCUGGUGGCRCAAGGGGCCGAUGUUCACGCGCGCACGGUGGACGGCUGGACGCCCCUGCACAGCGCUUGCAAGUGGAACAACACGCGGGUGGCCUCGUUCCUGCUGCAGCAGGGCGCGGACAUCAACGCGCAGACCCACGGGCUGCUCACGCCCUUGCACCUCGCCGCGGGGAACAAGAACAGCCGGGACAUCCUGCUGCUCUUGCUGAUGAACCGCUACGUGAAAGCGGACCUGAAAAACAGCUUGGACGAAACUGCCCUWGACAUUGCUCGGAGGACCGAUGUCUAUCACUACCUUUUUGAGAUAGCAGACGACUGCAUAAAUUGUGUGUUAAAAUUUUGAGACAAUUACUUUCCAAAGGCAGAGCUUCUUUGAUUUUGGUUUUUCCUCUGACCAGAGUAGGUUAGAAGGACACUGACAGAAAUUCACCAAUGCUGUUAGCCCAGAGUGUGAUGUAAAACAGCAUAAAAGAAGUGGGCACCAAAGGUUUUCCCCAUGAUAAUGGCAUGCUCUGUGCUUCUGAGUUUCAGCUUUCUCAUCUGCAAUUCAGGACCAGAGAAACUUGUUUCUAUUUGUUAAUCAACUGAAGCUGAAAAGUGAGUACGAGAUCUGAACUACUGUCGCUCACUACUAAGAAUUAUAACAAAACAUUUUGUUGGCCUAUGCAGACACCCUACUACGUGAUUCCUCCCAAGCUCUUUCUAGAUACCACUAGCACGGCCUUGAUGCACGGUUUUGAAACAUGCAUUGUGUAAGAUUGCUUUUAAUGUUUGGUAUUUUGCAAAUACGGUUCCUGGAUAUCUGUAGAAAAYGAAUUACUCGGAAAUGUGUUGUGUGGCUCUUUGCAUUUGUAAUUGUUUCAGGCUUUUAAUAACAGUUKUAUAUGCUUUAGACCCCGAACAAGUUAUAACACUGUCUCCAGGACACAGAUAGAUACACGUUACUAAAUCAAGGAGCUACAGGAGAACAUACAAACACAGAGGUGCGUCUUGUUAUCUGAGGAAGCAGGCAGGCAAGCUCACCUUUCCAAACUCAUCACUGGAUGCACUGGAAUUGAUUACACUGCAUUUCUGUCUCAUUUUCUGCUGUGUGCAAGAUAUGACUUUGACAGAGCCAGCUCAGCUAUGUACCAGAGCAAAACUCAUGUG